AUGUUGGCUGGUUAUGGUGGACAGGAUUAUGACACUAACCCUAGGAACGCUUACAAUUAUCCUUGGUACUGGUUCUAUGAAGCAGAGAGUGGCGUUUGGCACAGAACUGAGGAUGAUCCAGUGAUCCCCAUCAGCAGUUCAGAACUGGAAAUGGUUUUUGCUAAAAACCCAUAUGGAGUUAUUAACAUCAACACAGCAACAGAGAUCUUCAAAAUUAAUUUUUCUGGGUUCCUAAAGACCAACCUAAGGACAGGACAGGCACAAAAAUUAAAAUGUUCUUUAUUCAUUAAUCAUAAGAUUAGAUGCAAAUCUUUAGACGAGGCUCCAUCUGUACCUGCUCACUGGGAGAAGAUGGACGCUAAAGCACCUUAUAAGGCUUUUACUGUGGACAGGCAAACAAGUGAGUUUAAGAAGGUAGAAAGGUAUGUGCAAGAAAUUGGUUUUCUGUGGGAACCUCUGAAAUGUAUCUACAGAAUACAGAAUGUUGACCUCUGGGAGCUGUACUGUAGGAAAAAAUCCCAGCUGAAUAGAAUAAAAGGUCAGUCACACAUUGAAGAACGAUUGCUCUUCCAUGGCACAGGCAUAACCAAUGUGGAUAGUCUUUUCUUGUACAAUUUUGACUGCAGAAUAUCUGAGUCAGUAAGAUCUGGUCACCUCUAUGGCAAAGGUACAUACUUUUCCAUACAUGCAUCCUACUCAGACAACAACAGCAAGGACCGAAGCCAGGGACACAGAAAUGGGACACGAAUAAUGUUCCUUGCUCGUGUCAUUGUUGGGAAUAACAGAAUUGGGCAACCGGGUUUCUGUAAACCUGAUGGUGAUCAAAUUGAAAAUAUACAUGACAGCUGUGUCGACAAUACUUUAUAUCCCAAAACUUUUGUUAUCUUUAAUUCUAACCAGAUAUAUCCGAAGUACGUGCUGGAGUAUGGUGGGUAAUAGAGUGAAAAAAUAUUCAUGGAAGACACAGAAACAUUACUGGUUUAUUUUUGGAUAUACAGUACAUAUGUAGAAGGGUCACAGGGACCUGGAGCCUUUACCAGGAGACUUAGGGCACGAGGCAGGGUACACCCUUUACAGGGUGCCAAUCCAUCAC